AUGUGCAAAAAUAAAGAGGUGGAAGAGUUUGCAGAAGUUAUGGGGACCCUGGAGAAGAAGCUAGAGGAAAGAAGACAAAGACUAGAAAGGAUGGAGGGAGAACCAACCCAAAGUGAUUCACGGGAAAAUGAAGUAGUCCCCAAGCUCGAUGCACCUGAGAAGGUGAAGGACUCAGAAGAAGAGAAUAGACUUAUUGUUGCCCUGAAUGCAGAAACAGAUGAAAGAAUGGCAGAGCAUGUUUCUUUUGUAUCUGAUGAUCAAUUCAUUAAGUCCAAGGAGUUCAAAUCAUUCAUGUAUCACUUCAAGGGUAAGAAAUUAAGGGAAGCAGUGCCAAAUGUUACCCCUGAGAAUGAAUCAAAAAUGAUGAAGAGGUUGAAGAAAGACAUUGACACAGAGGUUGAGACUAUGACCCCACAAAAGGGAAAUAAUGGGUGUGGCAACAAUCAGAAUAAUGGACAAAAUAGAGGUAACAAUGGAAAUUAUGGAAGUGGCAAUGGGGGAUGUAGGAACAAUGCUAACAAUAAUAGCAAUAAUAAUAGGGGCGUAAACAAUGGUAAUAACGGGAACUAUGGCAAUAAUAAUGGACUAGUAAACAAUCAAAGCAAUCAUCAUGUUGGCAGGCAACCCUUAAUCAUUGAAAGUAAAACUCAUUAUGAGAUUUUUUCUCAUAGACCUAACACUUUACAACAAUCGUUCAAAAUGGUUGUUACUAUUGAAAGUAAUAGGAAGGUGGCUGGAAAAGUUGCUAGGAGAGAUGAUCCAAAGCUGUACAACUCCAAGGUUCCAAGGAAAGAUGAUCUUACCCAAAUCAUGGACAUGCUCAAGAACUUACAAGAGCAGUGCAUGAUUGCCCAAGGCUUGAUAGAAGAGGAAGAUAAAAAUGAGGAUUAUGAACCAACUGUUUUUUUUAAUGAUGAAGAUAUCCUUGCCUUAAGAAAAUUGUUUCAAGAAGAAGCAACGCCCUCUUUGAGAAACCUGACUGAAGAGGAGAAAAAGGCUUUCACUAUUGCAGUUGUGGAGCAAGUAAAAAGUAAUUACCAGUAG